AUGGUGUUUUGUGCCGCCGCCGUCGUCGGUGUGGCCUCUCGCUGCCGACGAGAAUCUUCUCCUUUCUUCCCCCUCUUCCUUUCUCCCAUGGUUUCUUAUCAUUUCGCUCUUCCACCACCGCUGCUCAAACCUCCGCCAGAUCUGCCGCCAGGUAAGCCAUCACCAGAUCUGCACGAGGGGUUAGCUUCCGUGGAACCUUCCGACCCACCAGAUCCUCCAGAUCUGGCUGCCACCCUCACGUUCUCAUUGUUCUCUGCCGCCGCUGUCUUCAAUCCCCCGAUUGUCCCCUUUCUUCAUCUGGAUCUAGGUUUUCAGCGGCUCAUCCGAGAGUUUGCUUUCCUUGUAUUCUCUAGGGAUUCGUUAUUGGCGUUUGGAUGUCCUCUUUCUGCAGUAUGCAGUCCUCCUGUUCUCUUACCGCCCCUCCACCCCGAAAGCAUUGAUGCCGCCCCUCCACCCCCUUGCCUCGAAGCCUUUCUACCUCUCCCGCUCCCCCAGGGAGCAUUGUGUCGAAAGUAGUUCUGUUUAGAACAAAAGUCAUGAGGCUAUUAGUCUCUUGUUCAGUAUUUAAUGGUGCUGACGGCUUCACUUUCUCGACUAUGGAGUCUGUGUUUCUUCCUCUUGGUGGUUUCCUUUUUCUCGGUGGUUUUGUUCAAGACAGCACAGUCUGCUCUUGUCUGGAUGUUAUUUCGGUUGAGCUUGUUAGCUCCCGUUUAUUAUUAGUUGAGCUUGUUAGUUCCCAUUUAUCUCUCUAUCUCUGUUUAAGUUAUUGUUAUUGUUUCUACCAUUUGUGCUUCACCAACGUGUGGAUGAAUGCUCUAUUAUAUUUGGCUCUUAGUGGC